AUGGACCAGAGCAAAGACAUGAACAUCUCCUGGGAACAGGAGGUGGGUGGUGGUGACCAGCUGUGCACAGCCUGCUGGGCGUGGAGGUUCACCAUCCCACAAGAAGGCUUCUGCGGGGUCAUGUCAACAGCCCCUGACAGCUACACAGAAGCCUACAUUUCCGUCUUCGCCAGCUCUCCCAUCCUAAACUCACGCUCAGAAGAAGAUACUGGGCCUUCUGGUGACCUAAUGCGGUUGAGCUGUGGAGCCCUCCUCCCUGAUUUUACUGCAAGGCAGACAGCAAGACUAGUCAGUAAUUACCUCAGAAGGUUUUUCCUGGAAGAGCGUACUCUGAAGCAAAAAUUGUCAGCGGUCUCUGCAGGAGCCAUCAGAACAUGGAGUUCCAGUAACAGUUCUUGGCUGCAUUGUGCUAAAAACGAAAAGAAAAACAGGCACUGCAUGAAUCCAUCUAUAAGACAGCAGACUCAGCUCAAAGCAGGCUGGGCCCUGGUCCUUCUCCAGAAGGGGAGAGGCAGCACGUGGAAAGGAGGGCCGCUGGAGCCCGAAGUUCCGGAGUUUGGAGUUCAGCAGAAGGGGCUAACGGAUAACUUUGCUGAUGUCCAGGUGUCUGUAGUUGAUUGCCCUAAUUGGACUAAGGAGCCAUUUACCUUUCCCGUAAAAGGUAUCUGUGGGAAAACUAGAAUUGCAGAAGUAGGAGGUGUGCCUUACUUAUUGCCUCUUAUAAAUAAAAAAAAAGUUUAUGAUCUAAAUAAAAUCGCAGAAGAAAUCCAGCUUCCUGGAGCUUUUGUUCUUGGAGCAGGAGCAGGCCCAUUUCAGACUCUUGGAUUCAAUUCUGAGUUUAUGCCAGUUGUUCAAACAGAAAGUGAACACAAACCUCCUGUGAAUGGAAGUUACUUUGCUCCUGUUAACUCGGCAGAGGGAGAGUGCCUACUAGAGAAAUACAGUGAGAAAUAUCAUGAUUUGGGGUGUGCAUUACUGGCUAAUCUUUUUGCCAGUGAAGCCCAACCUGGAAAGGUCAUUGAGGUGAAAGCCAAAAGAAGAACUGGAAAACUUAAGUUUGUGACUUGUAUGAGACAGACUCUUGAAAAACAUUAUGGAGAUAAGCCUGUAGGAAUGGGAGGUGCUUUCGUGAUUCAGAAGAGAAAAGUGAAGAUUCACAUUAUGCCGGCAGAAUUUUCUUCCUGCCCAUUGAACUCUGAUGAAGACUUGAAUAAAUGGUUACGUUUUUAUGAGAUGAAGCCUCCUUUGGUUUCAGUUUUUAUCUCCAGAGACCCAGGGUUUGAUUUAUGGUUGGAGCACACUCAUUGUCUCAGUCAUCAUGAAGAAGGUGGACACUACCAUUCUGACACCACCCCAGUUAUAGUGGAAUAUCUUGGAUACUUCUUACCUGCAGAGUUUCUCUAUUGCAUUGAUCAACCAACAGAGACCCAUUCAUUUGGGCGAGAUUAA